AUGUCUUCAAUUAUACAGGAUCAAUUUUCAACAGGUGUCUGUGUUGCUGAAAAUGAAACGAAUUCCGACACAGAUAAUUCGUUAACUGGUGGAAGUGGCUCUGUCAGUGGUCUACAUUCCGAUUAUCAGCCACCAUAUUUUCCGCCACCUUAUUAUCCAUCGAUAACUACACCGAUGAUGACAAUGAUGACUACGACAACAGAGGCAGCAACGAAUAGUUUAGGAACAAAUUUCUAUCAUACUAGCGGACAAAAUAUACCAUUUCUAAGUGGUUCAAAUAAUUAUUCGGGUAAUUUUUAUCAUCCCAAUUUAUGUCAUGAUUCGAAUGUAUUAAAUCAACAUCUACACACCUCGCAACAGCAACAACAUCAUCCUCAUCAUCAUCAACAACAACAACAUCAGCAGCAGCAGCAACGGUCGAGACUGCACACAAACACAACGAAUUUUCCAUUUUCUUCAUAUUUUACCACAAAUCCAAAUUAUUAUACUUCCAUGAAUUAUAUGAAUGGAUCUAUGCUAACUAAUGAAAAUUUAUCAUCCACAUCAUCCGAUAUGAAUCAUAUUAAUAAUAUGUUUACACAGUAUCCAUUCAAUUAUUCAAUGCAUGGUGGUAUACAAACAAGUAGCUCUACACCAGUAGCUGAUCAGAUUGUGAACAUUUUUCCACGUUCUAAAUUAUCUGAAAUGGUUGAUCAUUUAACUCAAAGUAACAGUAACAACAGCAACAACAACAACACCAGUGGCUGUAGUAAUAAUAAUACUGGUAAUUCCAAAUCGUUACGUUUGAAAAUCGAUGAUGAAAGACAUGAUAUGGAAACUUCAGUGACUAGUUCACAAUCUUCUUCCUUCAUACAUCGUUCAAAUAUGCAUCCUUGUUCACUUAGACCUGAAUAUGAAAUGAUAGAAAAAACUUUUGGACAAUCACAUCAAACUACUGACUCAAACUAUCCGCAAAGUGGAACGCCUUCAUCAAUAGAUACUACAGAAUCGUCUCCACAAAAUUCAUCACAAUUCUUAUCCCCAGGAUCAAGUAAAAGAAAUUUCGAAAUAGGAUCAGAAAUCGACAGGAUACAAAUGAGUAGCGCUGCAACAACUGACCCCGGUAGAAAUAUCUAUUCAUCUCCAAUUCCAUGUGGAAUGAAUGUCAACGACUUAAAUUCAGAAGAUAGAAUAAGAAAUCCUGAUAGAAAUUUAUUAAAAAAUGCAUUUGAUUUAGGAUUUACUUCGGAAAUUCAAAAUUUAACAGAAGGUUUAUUAAGUGAUCCAACAAAUGUUAUUCUACAAACAAAUUUAACUCAUAAUUUAGAUCAGUCUAAUUCUUACAUGUCACAUUCUCAAGGAACAAGAUAUUCGACGAGCUUUAGCACUGAAUGUACACAAAAUGUUGUUUAUCAACCAACUGCUUCAAUAAUGCCUGAACAAUCGUUUAAUCGUUUACCUGGAGGGGGAAAUGUCGGAAAAAAUGGAUUUUGUAAAAAAGCAAUUAGAUAUAAAACAGCUUUAGAUGGACGAACUGAAUUUAUACACGGACCGUGUCCAUCAGAUGUAUUUUGUACUGUUCCUGGCCGCCUCUCACUGCUUAGCUCUACUUCAAAAUAUAAAGUUACCGUCGCUGAAGUUCAAAGGCGUCUGUCACCACCCGAAUGUUUGAAUGCUUCAUUACUUGGUGGAGUCUUACGCCGAGCGAAAUCUAAGAAUGGAGGAAGAUCACUACGUGAUAAGUUGGACAAGAUUGGAUUAAAUUUACCUGCAGGACGACGAAAAGCAGCAACAGUUACCUUACUGACUUCACUUGUCGAAGGUGAGGCUAUACGAAUGGCUCGUGAUUUUAGCUAUUUAUGUGAAAAUGAGUUUCCACACAGAAUAUGUGCUGAAUAUCUUUCACGUACCUUGAAUGGAUGUGAUUCUAGUGAUGUACAAAAGAAACGAAAUCAAGUGAUUUCAACAAAACAAAUGUUAAGUGAAAUCACUGAUUUAUUAACAAAAGACAGAAGUCCACUUGCAGUGAAUCCACUUCCACCAAGUAGAUCUACAAAUUGCAUUGAUGUUACUACUCAAAAAUCAUUGACUCAUUUCAGUCAUAUUACACAUGGAUUUGGUGGUUUAACUUUAAUUAGCGCUUUAAAUACAUUUCAAACAAUUCUGUCAGAUUUGCUUAAAAUUUUAAAUAAAGAUGGACAGUCAAUUAUUUAUCCUACAAAUAGUUCAACUACAUAUACCGACAGACAUACACCUGUUACUUCGGGUAUUUGUCAUCAGCAUCAAAUACAACAAUUUUCAAAUAUUCCUAUAUCUAACACUUUAAAUGAAGCGCAAACCCUAUCUUCAUUAUCUUCAACAAUUAGUACAGAUUCAUUAAACAAUAAUAACAUACAACGUCGGAAAUAUCUUAUGCAACAUAUGAGUGAAAAUAAUCCAUCAGACAUACGAAAUAUGAUUUCCAUACAAAGAAAUAAUUUGGACAAUGAUAUUGAAAAUGGUACUGUUCUAAACGGAGUUAGAUGA